AUGUCGGAAGACGAUCUGGAGAGCAUUGCAGACAGCUUAGAGAAAGUAAAGCUGAAGGUAGAGCCAUCAGCUCCGGGGCCGCCUCAUCCACCACUGUACAAUCCGGGCGGGGUAAAGGGACGCCAGUAUUUGGAGUGGAAGGCAUACUUUAUUGAGUUUGCCACCAAGCAGGCUCUGGUCAACGCUCGUAACAGCAACAACUCCUGGACUGCAUCAGCUCUGACUCUCCAUCUCCUCUCCACAUUCUUCACUAUUCACAGAUCAAUGACAGUCACACUGGGGGCGCACGACAUCAAGGCUAAAGAGAAGACACAGCAGAUUAUCCCUGUGGCAAACACCACUCCCCACCCUGCCAAUAAUCCCGAUAAAUGUUCCAAUGACAUCAUGCUAUUAAAGCUGGUGAGAAGUGCCAAGAGGACUAGCAAUGUGAGGCCUCUCAACCAGCCCAGGAGCAAUGCCCAUGUGAAGACAGGGGAUGUGUGCUACAUGGCUGGUUGGGGAAAGAUAACCCCACAGGGGGAAUUGCCAAACACACUGCGGGAGGUUGAGCUGACAGUACAGAAGGAUCGGGUCUGUGCGUCCCAGUUCCAAAGUACUUACAUCAAAGCGAGUGAGAUAUGUGUGGGAGACUCAAAGUCCAAGGGAGCUUCCUUUGAGGUAAGUUGGAUUGCCUUCAACUCUGGGCUCUGUUGGAGGGGAAAGGAAUCUGGGGGCCUAUAGAAUCAA